CAGCUGAACAUCUCCUACACACCUUUGACUGUAAACACUAACAGGACUGAAGGAAAUGAAGACUUUUAUGCUAUGCUUCGGUGCCAUCUUGUUGGGAGUUGCUGUUGAGGCUGCUGCUGAUCCCCAACAUUAUCCAAAACCAGCGUACGGCCAAAAGUACAAGAGCGAGUACAAUUAUUGCGAUCCACGAAAAGCACCGAAAUGCGCUGGAAAAGGCAAUGAAACGUUUUGCCUUAAGGACUCUGAAUAUCCAGCCAAAGAAGUUAAGUACGCCAUUGAAUACGAUCCUUUGGUGUUGAGGAAAUACGCCGAUGUUGCUGAUCAAUCGGCUGAUAAUUUAGUCGAUGGUUUGACAUCCUUAUCGGAGAAUCAUUUCGAUUACCCCGAUUAUCACGGAAAGACAUUUGAAAAGAGCAAUUGGGUUGGAGACGAAGGAUACAUCUGCCCCAGUGACGUCCUCUACACCCGUCCUCUUCGUGCCGUGAAUGCUGACGGUGAAUGGCGUGUCAUCGUGCAAGAUAUUGCCUGGCCAGGAUACACACAGACCCAACGUAUCGAGACUUGUUUGUUCCCAGGAGCAUCUUGUCGUACUGUCGCUCCUUGCUAUGGAAGUAAAUGCCUUCAAAAGUACGUCUAUCAGCGGAUGCUUUCCUUCGAUCCCUGUGAUCCAGAGAAGGGAAUUUUUGUCGACAUCUACCAAUUGCCAUCAGCUUGUUCCUGCAAUGUUCCUCGUAAGUUCCAAUGAGUUUUAAAAU